ACAGUGUAGAUAAAACAUGACAUUGCUCUAUGAACAAUUUAUCUUUUAAUUACAGAAGGUACAGGAAAAGCAAAACUCAAAAAUGCCUGGAAAUCUUUUGAAAAAUCCACAUGGACAUGAGGAUUUUAGUAACUGGGAGUUGACGGAGAACGGUGGAAAUCAAUGGAGUAUUGAACCGAUCCCAGAUGAUGCAGUGGUUUCAUACUUCUGCACCUCGCAUAAGCCGUGUCUAAAAAAACAAGUGAUCAUUCUGCUGCAAAGCGGUUAUGAUGCUGCAUAUUUAGAUUCUGCGCCUGAAGUGACUGUGAGGGACUGGUACAGCACUCGAGAAGACUGUGGAGGCGUUUAUAGGCUUACUGUGUCACUGCUCAAUGAAAAUCGUGAGGUCAUUGCUACAUUUAAGCCGGAUGAUGUGACUGUGCCCCUUGAAACCCCUUGGACACAGGUGACACACAAGUUUACAGAUUAUGGUCCUGGUCUACGCUUCAUCUCUUUUGAACAUGGUGGUCAAGACGAUAAAGAGUGGAAAGGCUGGUAUGGAAUCAGAGUCACUGGAAGUUCUGUCACCAUACCCCCAAAACCCUAAUAUGUGAUGAAAUAAUGUUACUGAUUGGUCAGCACUUUGCUUUUUACCAUACUAUAACUACAAAUAAUAUUAAAGUAACAUUACAGAAACUUCACGA